AUGUCCACCGAACCUGCAUACAAAGCCAUUGCUCGCAAGAAGCUUGAGCAGCUCGAAUCGCGCAUUCCCAAAGCAUGGCGUCUCGAGGGCCAAUGGAUCCCAACCGCUAACCGUCUCCAGCGCGCGGCAAUCUGCCACCAACUCACCCGCUGCUUAACGGAGCCUCUAUUCGAGCAAGCGCUGGAUCGUGCCUCCGAACUGGAUGCGCAUUUCAAGCGCACGGGGGAAACUAUGGGACCUCUCCAUGGUCUCCCUAUUUCUGUCAAAGACACCUACGAUAUCAAAGGCAUUGACUCUACUACUGGCUUAGCCUGUCUUGCAUUUAAACCAGCCACGGAAAAUUCACCCCUGGUGGACCUGUUGCUCAACCUAGGCGCCAUAAUCGUUGCGAAGACCAACAUCCCUCAAACCCUCGGCGCGCUUGAUAGCGUAAAUAAUCUCUUCGGCCGCACUCUGAACCCCCUGAACCGCAAACUAACACCGGGGGGUAGCUCUGGCGGCGAGGGGGUGCUCGUUGCCAUGAGAGGUUCAAUGAUAGGCUUUGGUACUGACAUCGGUGGCAGCAUUCGCAUCCCAGCAAUGUGCCUUGGGAUCUACGGCUUCAAACCAAGCACGGGACGCGUCCCGUUUGGUGGCCAAAUGAGCGGCAGUGUGCCUGGCAAGACACGGGUUAGCCUGCAACCUGUUGCCGGCCCCAUUGCACGAUCGAUGUCAGAUAUAGACGUCGUGAUGAGAGAAAUUGUGCCGAUAGCAGAGCUAUAUGGCGAAGAUAGUAUCCCCGGUCAAUGGGGGGUUAGUGAGACACCACUUUCAUUGACGAAACCGCGUAAAUUCACCAUUGGCGUCCUACCCUCCGACGGACGCAUCCAACCUCUACCGCCCAUCACUAACGUGCUGAACGAAGUAGCACAAGCCCUCCGCAAAGUCCCUGGAGUUGAAGUCGUCGAGGUGCCCAUCCCCAAGGCGCUGGGUGAUUGCCAACGCGUGGCAAACGAGCUUAUGGGCCUGGACGGCGCUGGGCAUAUGGCUGAUCUUCUAGAAUCCACAUCGGAGCCUCUCAUUCCGUGGCUACAGACGAGGUUUAAGCGCGGCACACAAAAGACGCUUGCCCAGGCUUACGCGACUCAAGGGCGAAGGUCAGAAAUAGAAAAGGAGAUGAUGAAGAUGUGGACUUUGUCCCCUCCGUCCACUUCCGGUUUCCAAUCUAGAGUCAGGAGAGUGGAUGCGAUCAUCCACCCCAUCGCCCCACACCCUAUUCCUGAGCAUGACCGUUACAACGCCGUCGGAUACACAUCCAGCUGGGUCCUACUUGAUUACGCCGCUGGAACAGUGCCGGUGCGGAAAUUCACAGAAGCGGAUCUCGAACUUGGGAAGGAGAUGGAUGGCAGGAUCUUAUCGAAUUGGGACAAGAGGAAUAUGGAGCUGUGGAACUCCAAUACCGUUGACCGACGCGUCUACCUCGAUUCGCCACUGAGCAUCCAGGUCAUCGCCCCCAGGCUUCAUGAGAACACCUUGUUUGAGGCGAUGUGCAUUAUUGAUCGCGCAAUAGAUGCCGAUAUUAUCUACGAUGACUGA